AUGUCCCCUCUCCGAGGCUAUAUCAGUUCCUACCCCCCGCGCAUGCGCCAGUAUGGAAACGCGUUGCUCACACCUGUCAAUCCUCCGUCACAGACCGGCCCGACUCCGCGCACCACGAAGCGUGGAACCACAGCCAUCAACUAUGCAGAAGAUGGCUUUGAUGACGAGGAUUUUGAUGAGACCGAUGGGCCCCGGCGACCGACUGGACUGAGGAGUCUUCGGCGCGAAGAAUCCGCUACCGACAAGUUGGUGCCCUACUCAGAGAAGCUGGGCAAAGAAGUGCAUGCGCCGGUGGAGGUGCAAGGCCUCUUUCGCGAGUGGAUGAUCAAGAGAAUGUUGCGACCAGCGUGUGCCGAUCAACUGCAGAUUCAAGCGCAACUCCCCUUGACACUCGUUCCAAUCCGAAUUGACGUCGAAGUCCCCGCUCAUCAACCCCUCGAACCAUUCCCUUUCCCACGCACAGCCGUGGACCCUAGCAUCAACCAGACUCUUCCUGCGUAUCGCAGACCUGAACCAUUACCCCCGUUCCGCAUUAAGGAUACCUUCUUAUGGAACCUGCACGAAUCACUCUCAACGCCCGAAGAAUUUGCUAUCGGAUUUGUUCGCGAUCUUGAUCUCCCAAAUCCUCAAGCCACGACCAUGACCAUCAGCAACCAGAUCCGGCAACAGCUGGAGGAAUACGCUGGCGUCGCUCUCCACCCGCUCUUCCAGAGCACAGAUGCAGGCACGCUGCCUAGUGUUCCGCCACAGACUGAACUGUCAAGAGACACGCCGACGACACCAGCUGCUGCCAACGUUGCGACACCUGACAGCCGGCCCAAUGUGACGUCCACUGUGACCGUGACCAAGGAAGCGCUGGUAAAUGACAGCCUUUUGAACCCAGAUGACGCCUAUCGGUGCUUGAUCACCCUCAACAUCAACCUGCAAAACAAGCUUUUCACAGACAAAUUCGAAUGGUCUCUACUACACCCACCUGGAAUGGCUGAAGAGUUCGCGCGUAUUACCUGCGCAGAUCUCAGUCUUGGUGGUGAAUGGGUCAGUGCGAUUGCACAUGCCAUCUACGAGGCAGUUUUGAAGUUCAAAAAGGAAGUCUGCGAAAGCGGUGCUCUUAUCAGCGGCAUCAACGGCUACGGCAACGAAAUUGAGAAUUUGGCAGCCAACGGCGUGGAGGCUGGUUGGCGUUACGACCCUGAAACAAUUUGUGAUGAGUGGCAACCUCAGGUCGAGACGCUGUCUAAGGAAGAAAUCGAACGGAGAGAAGGUGACCGUGAGCGUCAGAUCCGACGUCUGCGCCGAGAAACAGCUAGGUUCUCUUCAACCACGGGCAUCACACCUGAGAUAUCAAGGCAGAACAGUGGCAAUUACUUCGAGGUAGAUAGUGAGACUCCGCUCGGACGUGGAGAAAGGAAUAAGCGCAAGCGCCGAUUCCGUAGCUUGAGCCCUACAGGCAGAAGUGGCACUCCUGGUGGCCGGGGGACUCCUGACACCGGGUCAGGCGCUGGGUACGGUGGCGGUGGUGGCACGCUUUCUGAAUGGUAUGUGGCUGCUAGGCACAUCAACGUCUUACUGGAAUAUUCACUAACGAACUCUGCCUACAGGGAACGCCAAAGCUGGCGAUGCAAGAACUGUGCGGUAUGGGGCACAGCAGUUUGGGCUGUGCGCGAUGGCCCAGAUGGCCCACGGACACUCUGCCACAACUGUGGCCUGCUCUAUGAGCGGGAUAAGGUUGCACCGGAAUGGUCCAAGGAUCUUCAUCGACACGACGUUCCCGUCGGCCGAUACGGCUAA